AUUCAUUUGCAGCCCUCGUCCAGCCGGUUAAUUUUUUGCACAAGCGCUGGACAGAAAAGUGUAAUUAAACGGCUAAAAGUGAGAUUUAAUUUAUAGUCCAAAUUGUAAAUAAACAGUUAAGCAUUAAACAAUUGUUGGAAAACAAGUUUCCAACGCACAACCAAAGGAUUUCGCCAGCAAGUAGGCCAGCUUGCCCCGCAAAUUUUCCCACAGGGGUGGUGUGUAUAACAAAAUGGCGUCCUCGCAAGUCUCAAACAAAUCGGGCUCCGGGUGGCCGCGCCGCGGCAGUCAAGGCCAAGCGGAUGCAGCUAGCAGCAAUAACAACGGUACCCAGAAGUACACCAACCAGGCGCUGACCAUCAAUCGCACCAUCAACUUAUACCCUCUGACGAACUACACAUUCGGCACCAAGGAGCCGCUCUUUGAGAAGGAUCCGUCGGUGCCAUCCCGAUUCCAGCGGAUGCGCGAGGAGUUCGACCGGAUCGGCAUGCGGCGGUCCGUUGAGGGAGUGCUUCUUGUCCACGAGCACGGACUGCCACAUGUCCUGCUUCUGCAGCUGGGCACCACGUUCUUCAAACUGCCCGGUGGCGAGCUAAACGCCGGCGAGGAUGAAGUCGAGGGCCUCAAGCGAUUGCUGUCCGAGACGCUGGGUCGUCAAGACGGCGUAAAGCAGGAGUGGAUUGUCGAGGACACGAUUGGUAACUGGUGGCGGCCGAACUUUGAGCCACCGCAAUAUCCAUACAUUCCGCCGCACAUCACCAAGCCCAAGGAGCACAAGCGGCUUUUCCUUGUCCAACUACAUGAAAAGGAUACGGACGGGAACGCCAGUUACGAUGUACCCUGAGCAGUUCCAUUAGCGCCGUGUGUGUCGUAUCUACCCAACUCUACUCUCAAGAGUGCAAUGCCAUAGAACAACAAUCGAGCAAACAGAACAGAUCAAACAGAAAAGAAACAAACAGAUCGCAAAGCUGGCGCAGGCGACUUCUUAGUUAGUUUUGAUUCUAGUCCAAUUGUACAACAUGUCUGAAAUCAAAUUCAAAUUGUAUUUUUGCUCAGGACUGAGUGUUGGCAUAUUUUGUUAUUUCCCGAUUUUUAUCAUUCGAAAUUCAAAGAUUGUUCUUGUACUUAAUUUUGUAAAUAUGUCGACAUACUUGUGAGACUGAGCGCAGCAAUGUUAUCCUUCUAUUUACAUAUUUAUUUAUUUCCUAGCUUCUAUUCUUACUUUUGUGAAGUGUCAUGUGUUGUUCAUCUUAAGGUUGUUGUGUAUUUACCGAAACCAAUUCACCGGGCAGGCAGCAGAGAGCAUUGUAACGUUGCUGGCUGUCGCAGUCAUGUGCCCAAAUCUCGCGUGUUUUGCAGAUUUGCACGCAUGCAGGGCAGUCAGGUCGCAAGUCGCUCCUUAAAUUAAGCACUCGUUUAUGUAAACACAAGCAAAAACUGUUUAUACCUUUUUUGGCCCAUACUUGCUAAUGCUUAAGCAUUCGCUGUGCACUGAAAUGAACUGAUGCCCACCAGCUGAAGCAUUUCAGCGCACAAGUCGAAGCGCACAUAUCAUGUAUAAUGUUGCUCUUAAUUGAAAUUAUGUUCAUAUCUGAUAUUAGGAGACAUCGCUGGGCCAGCAAAGUGCCAGUCACGCUUUGCAAGUCGCAGCGAAUCCAAUUAAUUAGUCUAACGUAACCAACUAUGAAUGUAAAACAAAACGCAUACGACUCUCUUUAUAUCUUACGGCUGCGAAAUGAUUUUUAAUAUGUAAACUGUACAACCGAUUGUAAUAUCCCUAGAUAAUAUAUCCUGUGAAUUUGAA